CACCCAGCGCGUACCCGACGCGUUUCGAGGCGCGGCCGGUAGUGACGCGGGCAGCGCGCUUCCUGUAUCUUAUUAUUGAGGUGGUUCAGGUCCGGGCUCUGGGUGGUGUCCGCUGCCUCCUUCUUCCCCGCGUCCUCCUCGUUCUCACGUCCGCAGGAGCGGAGCAGCCGGUGUCGCACGAGGCGGGAGCGUGCUCAGCGGGUGACCCUCGUAGCCUCGUCCGGCCUUCUCGGCGCCGCCCCCUUUUUUUUUUUUUUUUUUUCCUCUCUCUCUUUCCCGCUACCGGCAGCAUCGACGCGGAGUAGCCAUGCAGGCCAUCAAGUGUGUGGUGGUGGGAGACGGAGCUGUCGGUAAAACUUGUCUGCUGAUCAGUUACACAACAAAUGCAUUCCCAGGAGAAUACAUCCCAACUGUAUUUGACAACUAUUCCGCCAAUGUAAUGGUGGAUGGAAAGCCGGUUAAUUUGGGAUUAUGGGAUACCGCUGGACAAGAAGAUUACGAUAGACUGCGUCCGUUAUCUUAUCCACAGACGGCUUUAAGCCCGAGCCCCAAAGCUUCCAAUGUUUCGGACGUAUUUCUAAUUUGCUUCUCGCUCGUCAGCCCGGCUUCCUUUGAAAAUGUCCGUGCUAAGUGGUACCCGGAAGUCCGACACCAUUGUCCUAACACUCCCAUUAUCCUCGUGGGCACAAAACUUGAUCUGAGAGACGACAAAGACACGAUCGAGAAGCUGAAAGAGAAGAAGCUGACCCCCAUUACCUAUCCUCAGGGACUUGCCAUGGCAAAAGAGAUUGGUGCGGUGAAAUACCUGGAAUGCUCAGCACUUACACAGAGGGGACUGAAGACUGUGUUUGAUGAAGCAAUACGAGCAGUCCUCUGCCCACCCCCAGUGAAGAAGAGGAAGAGAAAGUGUCUGCUUUUUUAAUCCUUACCCUCCAUCAUCUCCCCCCCCUUCCCCCACAAUGCCAAUUCCUCCAGCCCUAUUUGUAAUAAUUCAUUGUCUUGAAUCUACAGAUUUCAUUCAUUUCCUCCCAUAUGUGACCCGCAUCUUUUCCAGAUUCUAUUAAAUCCCUUCCUUAAUCAUAGAUAACUCUAUUUAGCCUUAUUUUUCCCCUGACAACGGUUUUCCUUUUUCUUUCUUUCUUUUUUUUUUCUUGCUUCCACUAAUUAAAUGUUGCCAAAAUGCCCCUCCCCCAACUCAGUUCCAUCUUUUGUGCUACGAACAUGAGCCAUUAAAACUCUAUAUAAUAAAGACAUGACUUUUUACUCAAGACUUCUGACCAACUGCAGCGAUGCCCGUUGCUGCCGUUCAUAUAUUGCCAGCGGGCGAAGGGCCUCGCGGCGUAUAUUAAAACACUUUAUUAAUCUUAAUUCACUGUAUUGCAUUGUAAAUCAAAAUGGUUAUUUAGGAAUGUCAGAGAUAUUAUGUAUCUUUUUACUGCUUGGGUUACAAAUAAAGUUUUGGUUAAAGGGUA